CGCGACGAACCGUGACCUUGUCUUCCUGCACACAACGACGACAGCAGUCAUUCUUUUUGUCAACAUUUGUCGCCAUGCCGAACAAGGUCGUCACGACACCAUACCCGCUCAUCGACGCUGACCCACACGCUUUCCGCGUUGUCCGUUAUUUCCGUUCGUCAGACUAUGCAACCUGGGCCGCAGGAACAGCCGCAUUCCCGGGUGCUUUGUAUUUCUGGAAUAUGGCUGACCCCGCAAAAGUUCGUCUACGGACCAGCCUUCGGCUCGGAGGCUUCCUUGGCUUCAUCGGCGGUUUCCUGCUAGCAUACCAACGGUCAAGUUUUCGCUUCUGGGGCUGGUCAGAGAAUAAACGAGAGGAGGACUUGGAUCUGGCCGAGCUCUCCCAAAGGGCAGCUGAGGGUAAGCCUUUGUAUGGUACAUCCAGCCAGCCAGAGUGGGUGCAGGGUACUGCAUACCGGAACUCUGCGUGGUCUCAGUUGAAAUUUCACGCAUUCCCCAUGUUCAACUUCGUCAACCAUCAACAUCACGGUACCGACCCUGCAAAAUAUGGCGUGAAGGAAAAGGAACUAUCAGAUUAGAUAUCGAUAUACCUUCCUGCUGGUUUUACUGUCGUUGGCUUAGCAAGACGCCAUGCACUUGCAGGGGGAAUGAUUUCCCCGCAUGACUACGGAAUGAAUAAACAUGCCUGCUUUGGCUCUAGAGUAUAAUGACCGCAUCGUAAUCGAAGUUCCUGGCUAUCACGACGCUGGAGCAUCUCUGACCGCUCUAUUGUAUUCGGUGCAAUAUACUGCAGUGCAGUUGUGGACUCGAGUGCACAUGCCCCAAUCUUCAAUCUGUUGCAAAUCCUGCAUACAAAGCAAUGCCGAUAAUGCGACAACAAAAAUAAAAACAUACAUUUGCG